AUGGCUGUGAAGUCUGAGGUUCUCUGUCAGGUCAGUGACUCUGCUCCUCCUGAUUUGUCCCUUGUUCCAGAAACCUAUCACGAGUUGGGUGAAGUAUUCAGUAAACAGAAGGCUCAGUCCCUUCCUCCCCACCGACCUUAUGACUGUGCAAUUAAUCUGUUUCCUGGAGCCGCCUUUCCCAAGGGACGGUUAUACAGUAUCUCUCGACCUGAACGUGAGGCCUUGGAGACCCACAUCAAGGAGUCUCUAGCUGCAGGUCUCAUUCGGCCCUCGUCAUCACCUCUGGGAGCAGGAUUUUUUUUUGUGAGCAAGAAGGAUGGCUCUCUUCGACCGUGUAUUGAUUAUCGGGGUUUGAAUGAUAUUACGGUCAAGAACAAGUAUCCCCUGCCCUUGAUGAGCUCGGCUUUCGAUUCUUUACAGGGUGCUACGGUUUUUACGAAGCUUGAUUUACGUAAUGCUUAUCAUUUGGUUCGGAUCAAAGAGGGGGACGAGUGGUUGACUGGGUUCAAUACUCCGAUGGGACAUUUCGAGUACCAGGUGAUGCCGUUUGGACUGACCAACGCUCCUGCUGUGUUCCAAAGUAUGGUGAAUGACGUUCUGAGAGAUAUGAUUGGUAUUUUUGUGUUCGUUUACCUGGAUGAUAUCCUCAUCUUCUCGAAGGAGCUUUCUAGCCACGUUCAGCAUGUCAAGCAGGUCCUGCAGCGGUUAUUGGAGAACCGUCUGUUCGUGAAGGCUGAGAAGUGCCUCACUGCCACCACGCCUCCCCAGCUCACUGCCACCACCCCUCCCCAGCUCAAUGCCACCACCCCUCCCCAGCUCACUGUCACCACCCCUCCCCAGCUCACUGCCACCACCACUCCCCAGCUCACUGCCACCACCCCUCCCCAGCUCACUGCCACCGCCCCUCCCCAGCUCACUGCCAACACCCCUCCCCAGCUCACUGCCACCACCCCUCCCCAGCUCACUGCCACCACCCCUCCUCAGCUCACUGUCACCACCCCUCCCCAGCUCAAUGCCACCACCCCUCCCCAGCUCACUGCCACCACGUCUCCCCAGCUCACUGCCACCACCCCUCCCCAGCUCACUGUCACCACCCCUCCCCAGCUCACUCUCACUGCCACCACCCCUCCCCAGCUCACUGCCACCGCCCCUCCCCAGCUCACUGCCACCCCCCCUCCCCAGCUCACUGCCACCACCCCUCCCCAGCUCACUGCCACCACCCCUCCCCAGCUCACUGCCACCACCACUCCCCAGCUCACUGCCACCACCCCUCCCCAGCCCACUGCCACCACCACUCCCCAGCUCACUGCCACCACCCCUCCCCAGCUCACUCUCACUGCCACCACCCCUCCCCAAGUCACUGCCACCACCCCUCCCCAGCUCACUGCCACUGCCAAGCAAUAG